GACACGUGUUGUUGGCUUUGGAUACCCAGAUCGCAGGUAUGUCGUGCGGUGCUUUCCCGGCGCGCGUUUCUUGCCGUCCAUUUGGAAGUUAGGCCGGUGGCUGCACUGUGGAGUGGCGGCGUCUGCAAGACUCUACCUCUAGCUCGACGUGAAAGACGGGACCUUCACCCGGCUCUUAAGGCGCUUGCACUUGCGCUUGCCCUUCUCUUUAGGGCCCCUGUUGUGCCACGAUGCAGCAGGCUUUAGAACGAGCUCUGGACCGUGCGGAGUAUGUCAUUGCCAGUGCCCAGCAGAGGCCUCCUAAAAGGAAAGGCUCAGCGAGUGGGGGAGCAUCUCUGGAUGAAAAACUUUAUGACCUAUAUGUGGAAGAAUGCGGGAAAGAGCCUGAGGCUACGGAGGAAUUAAGAAGCAACGUGAACUUGUUGGAGAAGCUCCUGAGGAGAGAGUCGUUGCCGUGCUUAGUGGUCAACCUAUACCCAGGAAAGGAGGGAUAUUCGCUGAUGCUCGAGGGCGAAAAUGGAUCCUAUUCGGAGACCAUUCGACUGCCUUAUGAAGAAGGGGAGUUGCUCGAAUACUUGGAUGCUGAACAAUUACCUCCUGCUCUGGUGGAUCUCCUGGAAAAAUCUCAGGUUAACUUUUUUCACUCUGGGUGUGUCAUAGCUCAGGUACGGGACUACAGGCAGUGCAGUCGGGAACCUCCCGGCUACGCAAGCAGGCAUGUUCUCCUGCGGCCAACGAUGCAGACGUUAGCCUGCGACGUGCAGUCCAUGAGCAGCGAUGACCAGACCUGGACCCAGGAAGACAGGCUUUUGCUGGAGAGCCAGCUGAUCUUAGCUACGGCCGAACCGCUGUGUCUUGAUCCUUCUGUAUCAGUAGCCUGCACUGCAAACAGGCUGCUCUAUAACAAGCAAAAGAUGAACACUGGCCCCAUGAAAAGGAGCUUCAAGAGGUAUUCUGCACCCUCCCUGAACCGGCAGCAGGAGCUGUCUCAUCGUCCACCUCCUCCUGAGCUGAGAGUAUGGGCCUCUUGCAAGAAAAGCAGAGAAAGGCAAGCAGGUCCGCAGCACGACCUCAAAAUUUCUAAAGCGGGGAACUGCGUCGAUAUGUGGAAACAGAGACCCUGUGACUUGGCCGUACCUUCUGGAGUGGACGUGCAGAAAUACGCCAGAGGGAAGAAGUCCGCCAGAUACGAUGGCUCGCCACCGACGGCCUGGCCAGCCCACAAGGUAGAAGGUGAUUCCGUAUUGGGCUGUGAAGCUGGCGGCGAGUCUCAGACAGCGCAGCUGACUUCCAUGCAGCCGCCGGAUGACCCACCUUUGUCUGGAAGAAGAAGGCCCCGCAAAGAAGCCAGACGUGAGGGACAGGGGUCUCCUCCGCACUCCUCCACAGACGACCAUCCAGACAGUGUCCGGCCUGGCUCAAAGACGGAUGCUGGGACGGAAGCCAUUCGGUCAGCUGUCUUGGUCCAGCGCAAGGCCAAGUGUCCCGCCGCCGCGUCACACGGCUCCAGUGGCUCAGCCAGCCUCAGCCAGCCGCCUCCCGGGAAAGAAACAGCACAGCCUGAGACGGUGUCGGUUUGGUCUUCAGUCCUGGGGAAGGGAGUCAGCCAUCCACCUCUACGCUUCAGACUUUCCUGGAGCUCAGGAGGGACUCGGUCAGGCAACAGUUUCACCCCAGUGGAGGCAAGCGGCUUCUUUAAAUCUCCAGCUCCUGCUCCUGCUCCUGCUCCUCAGCCCCCGAGUCUUUCCCAGAAUUCGUCUGUGGACGUGAAUCGAGUGAGCAUGUUUCCCGCAGCCGCCCUGUCCAGCAGCAGCUCGCCACAAGGAACCCUGGCCCCCCCGGUCACGGCCAACUCCCAGCAGUCCUCUGCGGGAGCGACUCGAGGUAGCCCGCUUCCUGCGGCCACACCGUCCACCGCCGGCUCAUCACAGACAACCCUGGCCCCCCCGGUCACAGCCAACUCCCAGCAAUCCCCUGUGAGAGUGAUUCGAGUUAGCCCGCUUCCUGCAGCCACACCGUCCACCGCCGGCUCAUCACAGACAACCCUGGCCCCCCCGGUCACGGCCAGCUCCCAGAAGCCCUCUGCGAAACAGGUGACUCAAGUUAGCAUGCUUCCCGCGGCCACCCUCUCCACUACCGGCUCAUCACAGACAACCCUGGCCCCCCCGGUCACGGCCAGGUCCCAGAAACCCUCUGCGAAACAGGUGACUCAAGUUAGCAUGCUUGCCGCGGCCACCCUCUCCACUACCGGCUCAUCACUGACAACCCUGACCCCCCCGGUCACGGCCAGCUCCCAGAAACCCUCUGCGAAACAGGUGACUCAAGUUAGCAUACUUCCCGCGGCCAUCCUCUCCACUACCGGCUCAUCACUGACAACCCUGGCCCCCCUGGUCACGGCCAACUCCCAGCAAUCCCCUGUCAGAGUGAUUCGAGUUAGCAUGCUUCCUGCAGCCACACCGUCCACCGCCGGCUCAUCACAGACAGCCCUGGCCCCCCCGGUCACGGCCAGCUCCCAGAAGCCCUCUGCGAAACAGGUGACUCAAGUUAGCAUGCUUCCCGCGGCCAUCCUCUCCACUACCGGCUCAUCACAAAGAAGCCUGGCCACCCAGGUCACGGCCUGCUCCCCUGGCCCCAACAUCAUCCAGCUGGCGGGCCCGGUCUGUGGAGCCCAGGCUUUGGCGAGGGGUUCCAGCCCCGGGCAGGGCUCUACCGCUGGGGCCACAGAUCCUGCGGGAAUCCAGCCCGGCAGCCUGCCCUCGGGAGCUCGGCCACCAAAUGCAGUGCGCACUGCAGCACAGGCCGCGUCUCCAGUCCGCGUUCAGUUUUUUUUAAAAAAUGCUUCAGGCCUCAAGCCGGUGACUCUGCUGGAGCUUCCGCAAGGUUUGCCCCCUUUGAACGCCCAACAGCAGCCAGAGCAGCGGCUCUAUCAGUUGAUUCCACAGGAACAACUUCAGCAAGCCUCCGCUUCUGGUCCUUGGCAGCCAGUGCCACGGGGUCCCGGUGCCCGAGGCCCAGCCCCUCCAGACACGGCCUCACCUGCUCAGCAAGCCGUUGUCCUGAACCGCCGGGGACGGGGACGGGAUCAGGGACAGGGGAGUUUGCUGCAGCCCCAGGCAGCUGUGUUGUCUCUGCUUGGCUGUGCUGCAGAGAACCAGGGAAGAGCCGGGCCGAGCGGCCCUCGGCACACGCUGCAGCUGUCCCCUGCCUCGCAGCCGUGGCCACAGCAGCAGGCGCAACAGCAUAGAAUCUUGCAGCACCUGGUGGCCGUGACAACAGUAGCCACCCAGACGGCUCAGCCUUCUUGGGACCAGCGGGCCGCAAGCCAGUCCGAAGGUAAAAGGAACAGAGGCCCGCCUUCCCCUCCCAGAUCCUGAGUCUCGCUUAUUUCCUCUCUUUUUAAAAACACCAGAGCGUCGGCCCAAGUGAACUCCGAGGUUUUCCUUCGUUUGGGGUUUUUUCGUUUUUGCUUUUUUAAUGUGUCAGCAGCAUCUUACCUUUAGAUGUAUGAACUCUGUACAGAAGCACAACCUCGUGAGUUUUGCACAGAAACAAGGCAGUCAUUUAAGAAACUGGGAUCGUUUUGCUGAAAGUGAUCGAAGUGCCCGGUUCAGUAGUGCUCAGUACGUUCACACUGCUGCGCAGCACGUCUCUAGAAUUGCUUUCAUCCUGCAGAAGCGACGCUCUUGUCCCCGUCAAGCACCAGCUCCCCAUUUCCCUCUCCCCCAGCCCAGGCAUGCACGGUAUCAUUUUCUGUGUCCGCGAGUGUGACUGCUUUAGAGCCUUCGGAUAAAGUGCACUCGUGGAACAGGAGGUGUCCUUCUGUGACUGGCUUACUUCACUUAGCGUAACGUCGUCACCGUCAAGGCUCACCCUUGACGCGUUGUAGCGUGGACGGGAAGGCCAUAGGUUUUUAUGGGGCGCCUGGAUGGCUCAGUCGGUUAAGGGUCUGGCUUCAGCGCAGGUCAUGAUCUCGCGAUUUGUGAGUUCGAGCCCCGCGUUGGGCUCUGUGCUGAGAGCUCGGAGCCUGGAGCCUGCUUCAGAUUCUGUGUCUCCCUCUGUCUCUGCCCCUCCCCUGCUCAUGCUCCCCCCCCCCGCCCCCAUCUCUCUGUUUCUCUCUCAAAAAAUGAGCGAACGUUAAAAAAAAAUUUUAAUGGUGUCACUGCACAUAAUCGGUACUGAACUGACCUAUUAAUGCUUAUCUGUUCUUGAGAGAGAGAGAAUGCACGAGUGGGGGGAGAGUCCGAGAGAGAGGGAGACACAGAAUCCGAAGCAGGCUCCAGGCCCUGAGCGGUCAGCACAAAGUCCGACGGCGGGGCUUGAACUCCCAAACUGUGAGGUCAUGACCUGAGCCGAAGUCGGGUGCUUAACCAACUGAGCCACCCAGGCGCCCCUGAAGCGACCUGUUAAAUAGGAGAAACACCUUUCAGAAGAACGUCGUUUGGUGUGUGUCAAAAAGGUUCGCGUGCAGCGUAUUAAAUGCAAUCCUUACAAAUUAGUUUUGAAAGAAACUGUGAAAACUACCAAAAGAUGAUGCUUGUCAGGCUCAUAUGGAGGAUGUGGGAGCCCUCCCAACGUGCAGAGUGGCUCAGGGGCGCCCGUGUUGGGGGCGGUCCACAGGCUGAGCUCAGCCCUUCUCCUCCAGGUACAAUCACUGGGCCUGAAAAGGCACUUGUGGGAGGUCUUUGCUUUCUCCCUAUCAAAUCAUUUGCUUGUUUUAGAACUCCAGGUUAUUUGCAGAAAUUGAACAGCUAAACAUUUGAAAAUGAGUUUUCUUUGUUUGCUUUUCAAGCGUUUGCUACCUUGGUCACUUCUGACGUGGAAUCCACCCCCCCGGCCCCCCACCCAUUCCUGCCUGUCCCCUCCCGGUGAUCAUCACUUGUUCGGCAGCCCCUGCUCCCUCGUGUCUGUUCCUUCUGUCUUGUGUCAGUGGGGCUCAGCAGAUCCCCGAAGUUCGUUCUCUUUCGCCUUUCUUUUUAUUGAGGUGUAAUUCACAGAAGCGACAAGGAACCAUUUUAAAGUUACGGCCGCGUGGCAUUGAAUGCCUUCACGUUGCUGUGCGACCACCUCUUCCAUUUCCAAAACGUUUUCAUCACCCCAGAGAAAUCUCUGUAGCCACUAGCACGGGGGUCCCGUCCUCCCCUCCCCCAGCCCCGGAAACACCAAUCUGCUUUCUGGCCCGUGGACUUUCCUGUUCUAGAUGCUUGCCAAUGAUGGAGUCAAAUGGUAUGUGACCUUUUUUGUCUGGCCUCGUUCACUUGGCCUAGUGUUCAAGGUUCCUCUUCGGUGUGACACGGAUCGGGCUUCGUCCAUUCUUUCAUGGCUGAAUAAUAUUCCCUUGUCAGCACAGACCGCAUUUAGCUCCUCCGUUAUCCACUGAUGGACACGGAGGUUGCUUCCAGCCUUUGGGCAUUGUGAACGGUGUUGCUAGGAUCAUUGGCGUUUGAGAGCUUCGUCUAUUUUGUUCCCUUGCCAUUUCCAAAGGGCAACCUGUCCACAUAAAAUUUGUUUUCUACGUACACACGCAUGUGUCCCUGCCUCUUGCCCUAAGAAAGAAGGGAAAUGUGGCCUGGCAGUUCCAAAAGAGAUGAGUGAAAAGGCGGGUAACCGGUGGGUGACUCCCACGUGAUCGACCCGGCUGUACUAAUGUGCUACGGAUCCUGGCGAGGGAGGAUUUUGGCCAACUUCAAGCAAACAAGUCAGAUGUGCCACGUGAGUGACAGGGAGCCCACGAGAGCUUUGUGUAACCCAUCGUGGACAUCUUUGGGUGUGGUGGCUGCGCUUUGAAGAAGUGAACUUGCUCAGGAGAGUGUGUGCUAGGCCUUGGGAACCAGCUAGACACCCGUGCUCAGAAUCUCACCUGAUUCGAUGUACUUGUUUCCUUUUGCCCUCUAUCUGGCCCUUUUUGUAGUGGUGACCCUUGAACCGUGUGGGGGUUAGGGGCGCCGGUUCCCCACGAAGUCAAAAAUCUGUGUGUGGCUUUUGCGUAACCAAAAACUUAAUCCCUAAUAGCCUACUGUUGACCAAACACCUCACCGAUCACUUAAACUGUCGAGUAAUGUAUUUUGUACGUUAUAUGCGUUAUAGACUGUAUUCUUACAAUAAAGUAAGCUAGAGAAAUAAUGCUAUUAAGAAAAUUAUAAGGAAGAGAAAGUACAUUUACAGCCCAGUACUUAUCUAUGGAAAAAAUAUGCAUAUAAUGGACCUGCAAAGUUCAAAUCUAUGUUGUUCAAGGUUCAGCUGUACUACACGGAGACAUAGCUGAGCUUGUGGUUGAGUAAUGUGGCAGUCCCCUCCUAGGCAAGCAAAUAAAUUCAGCUUU